UGCUAUGAAGUUAUUAUAAAUUUUAGUCCACUUUCUUACUGGCCAUUAGAGAAUUGCUUUUACGAGUUGACCCACGACCCAACCGCAUCCAUCCGCCAUCAACCCAACCCGCAUAAGUAUGUGGGUGGAUUGCGGGUCGCAAUUAUUACAACUCGCUAGUAAACGGGUGGGUCAAUUUAAGAUCAAAACCCACCCAACCCGCCAAUUACCAACCCCUAAUAAUUUGUAGGGUUAAUAUUUUCGUAUGGCCUGAACUUUGACCAAAAUAAACAUCCUGGCCAAUCUUUUCGAUCUAUAACAUCCUGGCCCGAACUAUACACCAAAAUAAACAAUUUGGCCAAACCCGAUGUUUUACCGUUAACUUGGACGGUCAAACGCGUUGACUAACGGUCAACGAGCCACGUCACCGCCAAAUCAGCAAGUUUAAAUUAAAAAAAUUCCACCUAUUCCAUUUAUUUCCUUUCUCAUUUUGAAGAAGAAAAAAAAAAUAAAAAAAAAGUUCCCCAAAACGCAGGACCCUUCUCCUUCCUUCAUCGUCGAACCUCCUCAACUGACCGACUAAAAUGCAGCGGCGGGCGAUUUUCUGAGCCCCCCGCCGUCGCCGCCACCGCCAUCGAUUACCACCCUGAAUCACCAUUAACGAAUCACCAUCGAUUCCCACUUGCCAUUAAACUCUGCCUUCCUUUCCUCUCCUCGCCUUCUUCCCAACCUUCCGACCUUCCUUCUUCAAUCCCAUCUCCGCCACACACAGAAAUCCAGAACCCACAUCUCAAUUCUUCCUCCACAAUAAAAGAUUCCACUGUAAAACCACCCAAAUCAAAGACUCCGUUUUUUUCCUGGAUUCUUCCUCUCAUAUUCUGCCCUUCUUACCUCCCCCACAAAAUCUCGCCUCAAUUCCCGAUCUGGGUUCCUUCCUAAGGUUGAAAUCGACACAAAGAGAUAGAGAUUUUUAUUCUCCUUUUGAAAUCCCCCUCGCUCGAUUCCCCUUUUUCUAGAUUCUCCGCAUAAGAAAAAGCAUAUUCUUCAGUAACCCUCCUCUGUUUUCUGCCGACUCAGAAACUGAUAAAAAUCCCCACUUCGCCCUUCCUUCUUCUCACACUUCACCAUGAAGACUCCGUUCCUUCUUUGAACCCACCAAAAGAGAGCAAAAGAACACACAUAAAAACGAAUCAGUAGCCAUGGAAGCUCUUUACCCGCAUUUCUACAUGUCGAGCCACCACCUGCUAAAUGACAACAGCAGCAGCAGCCAGAGCUCGGAGUGGACUAGAGAAGAGAACAAGGCCUUCGAGAGCGCUCUGGAUCUCUAUGGCAAGCACGAUCCGCACCGCUGGCUCAACGUCGCCGCCAUGAUCCCGGGAAAAUCGGUCUCCGAUGUGAUCGAACAGUACAGGGAGUGGAAGAAGACGUGUGCGAGAUCGAAGCUGGGCGCGUCCCGAUCCCCGGUUACCUGGCCGCGGACGACGACGCUGCUUUCAGCCUGGACCUCAUCGUCGGGCCCGACUUCGUUGAUUCGUACAGAAAGCGGCCCAUGGGCUCCACUAAGACCUCCGAUCAGGGCCGCCAUCGAUCCGCCCGCCGCCCGGCGCUGCAUUUUAGUCGGUCAGGUGAGGAGGUUCGACGAUGAAGGAAGGAGAAGGUGAGAACGGCGGGUGAAUUCUGUGGAUGGGGAUGAAGCGAUAUGGAUAAGGUAGGGUUAGGGCAGGGGUCCUGCGUUUUGGGAACUUAUUUUUUUAUUUUUUUUUUCUUCUUCAAAAUGAGAAAGGAAAUAAAAUGGAAUAGGUGGA